CAUGCAACUCUGUGUUGUUAUAUUUAUUUUGACAUUUCAUUCGUUCAUUUGUCAUUCUCGGGUGUUGUUUUGCAUAUUUUCCUUCUCUGCUGAUAAAAACACCUAUAAGUGAUUCAUUUUUGUUAAAAAACAUUAAAAGAAUUGAAAAAUAUUUACUUUUAACAAUUUACAACAAAAGUUUCCGUAAUGGCUGCUACUUUGAAACCAUAUCUGACUGCUGUACGCCAUUCCUUAACCGCAGCAAUGUGUUUACAAGACUUUGCUUCGCAGGUGGUAGAGAGACACAACAAACCAGAGGUAGAGGUCUGCUCUAGCAAGGAAUUGAUUUUAACACCUGUGGUCAUAUCCCGCAACGAAAGAGAACGUGUCCUUAUUGAACCCUCCAUCAAUUCAGUGCGUGUCAGUAUUGCCGUCAAACAGGCCGAUGAAAUUGAAAAGAUUCUUUGUCACAAAUUCACCCGUUUCAUGAUGCGUCGUGCUGAAUCCUUUAUCAUUUUGAGACGUAAACCUAUUGAUGGUUAUGAUAUUAGCUUUUUGAUUACCAAUUUCCAUACGGAGCAGAUGUACAAACAUAAAUUGGUAGAUUUUGUCAUCAGCUUUAUGGAGGAAAUUGAUAAGGAAAUCAGUGAAAUGAAAUUGGCUGUCAAUGCCCGUGCCCGUACUUGUGCUGAGGAGUUUUUGAAGAGAUUCUAAGUUCGAGGGGAGGUAGUUGCAGUGGCGGUAGAGCUUCCUAAGGAUGUGCUCAAAGUUAAAAGUAUUCCGGUGUUUAAAUUUUAAUUUAAUUUUUAUAAAUGUGUUUCUUUUGUAUCAGUGCAUUUUUUCUUGAUUUUAAGUGAACAAAAGUUUCGUAAUUUUUCUUCCCGGAAAAGUUGAUUGAAGAAAAACUAUAAAAGAAAUAAACUAGAGUUAAUAGACUUUUCAUAAAGCUGAAAGUGUUUUAAAACAAAAAA